UACAAAACUAAUUAGGGAUUAACACCAACCAAAUGAAACAGAGAGAGAUAAACCAAAUGGAAAAAUUCUUCUUCAUCUCUGUCUUUCUUCUUCCCUACGUCAUCACCACUUUCGCUUUCCCUCCCUCCACCGACUCACGCUGGAUCGUCGACGACGGCAACAAAGGGCGGCGCGUGAAACUCACGUGCGUCAACUGGCCGUCGCAUCUCGAAACCGCGGUGGCUGAAGGGCUUAGCAAGCAGCCGUUGGAUGCGAUCGCAGAGAAGAUAGUCUCAAUGGGUUUCAAUUGCGUUAGAUUGACUUGGCCUCUCUACUUAGCCACCGAUGAAUCUUUCUCUGCUUUUAUGACAGUGAGACAAUCACUCCGCAAGUUUCGUCUCUUUGAAGCUGUUUCUGGUUUUCAAACUCACAAUCCAACGAUUCUUGAUCUUCCUCUAAUCAAAGCUUUCCAGGAAGUAGUGUAUUGUCUUGAAAAGCAUAGAGUAAUGGUUAUCUUAGACAAUCACAUAAGCCAACCUGGUUGGUGUUGUAGUGACAAUGAUGGAAACGGGUUUUUCGGCGAUAAACAUUUAAACCCUCAAGUUUGGAUCAAAGGGUUAAAAAAAAUGGCAUCAAUGUUUGCUAAUGUUUCAUCAAAUGUGGUUGGUAUGAGUUUAAGGAAUGAGCUUAGAGGCCCUAAACAGAACAUUAAAGAUUGGUACAAGUAUAUGAGAGAAGGCGCUGAAGCGGUCCACUCAGUGAAUCCGAAUGUUCUUGUUAUUGUCUCGGGUUUAAAUUACGCUACUGACUUAUCGUUUCUCCGAGAGAGACCCUUUGAAGUUAGCUUCAGGAGGAAAGUGGUGUUUGAGAUACAUUGGUAUGGAUUUUGGAAUACUUGGGAAGGAGAUAACUUGAACAAGAUUUGCGGGAAAGAAACCGAGAAGAUGAUGAAAAUGUCGGGGUUUUUGCUCGAGAAAGGGAUACCGUUGUUUGUGAGCGAGUUUGGGAUUGAUCAAAGAGGAAACAAUGCAAACGACAAUAAGUUUCUAAGUUGUUUUAUGGCUUUAGCAGCUGAUCGUGAUCUAGAUUGGUCACUAUGGACUCUUGCAGGAAGCUAUUAUAUAAGAGAGAAAAGUAUUGGAUCAGAUGAAUCUUAUGGAGUUUUGGAUUUUAAUUGGUCUAGCAUAAGGAACUCAACCAUUUUGCAGAUGAUAUCUGCAAUUCAGACUCCUUUUAUAGGACCAGGGCUAAUGGAAACUCAACCAAAGAAAAUAAUGUUCCAUCCUUCAACUGGACUUUGCAUUGUAAGAAAAUCAUUGUUUCAACUAAAGCUUGGUUCUUGCAAUAGAUCAGAAAGCUGGAGACUUUCUUCUCAUCGAGUUUUAUCACUAGCAGAAGAACAAAUCCUCUGUUUAAAAGCUUAUGAGAAAGGAAAGUCUGUUAAGCUACGUCUGUUUUUCUCUGAAUCUUACUGUUCGAAAUGGAAACUUUUUUCUGACUCGAAGAUGCAACUCUCUUCUAUAACAAAGAAUGGAUUCUCUGUUUGUUUGGAUGUGGAUACGGAGAAUAACAACAUUGUGACGAAUAGCUGCAAAUGUUUACGAGGAAACUCGAGUUGCGAUCCGAGAAGCCAGUGGUUUAAGCUUGUUACUAGCACGAGAAGACGGUCUAGACCAAAACCUUUUCUUCAAAUUAGUCUAUACUCCAAGACAUUUCUUCAGAAAUCUUUAUCAGUUUAACAAGGUCAUCAAGAGAAGAAAUCGGUUCAUUUCCUUUUCGAGUUUGGUUUUUGGAUCGGCUAUACCAGAUUGGACACAUUUAGCUUUCACAUAGUUGAAAUGCGUAUGCACCUAACUCAAAGUUUAUACCUUAUGAUUGCAAUUUUUUCUUUGUAUAUAACAUUUGAUCUGAAUUACACAUAAUACACACACUGUACAUUUUACUAACAAAGAUUAUUUAUGUGUAUUUCAGUAACAACUUCACAGUUUAGCUGUUUGUUUCUUCUAUAUUUAUGAAUCUUGCUUCUUCUCUUCUAGAGAUCUCGGUGUAAUCCUGACCUUAAGACCAUGUUUCAUAUACAAAGUCGUUGUUACUCGCGGAACAACAACAUGAUCUUGAUCAACCUUGAUUGAGUAAUUCAGCAAGAUCGAAGCAGCCACCAUUUUCAUCUGCAAGUAAGCAAAUGUUUUCCCUAAACAAAGUCUUGGACCUGCAUUGAACACGACGUAUUUAAACUGAUCAUCACUCACGUAUUGCCCUCCUUGUAUCCAUCUUUCUGGUUUGAACAUUUCACAGUCUUUUCCCCAAAUCGAUUCCAUCCUUCCCAUUGCAUAGACUGAGAAGUAAACCCUUGAGCCUUUUCUCAAGAAAGUUCCAUCCGGAAACACAUCUUCCUCGGUCGCUUGUUUCAUUUCCAUUGGAAUUGGUGGAUAGAGUCUAAGAGAUUCUGACAAUGCUGCUUGUAGAUAAACCAUAUCGUUAAGUUCUUUGACUGUGAAGUGACGAGAACUCUCCUUUUCUCCGGUUUCAUCAAGCUUGUACUUGUUCUUCUCUCUUUGGUUCAAGAUUUCUCUGAUUUCGUGAAGGAUCUUGGUUUCGACUUCCGGGUGUUUUGUUAUCAACCAGAAGAACCAAGUAAGCGCGACGGAACUCGUGUCUCGUCCGGCUAAGAUGAAGCUUGUGCAGAACUGUCUGAAAAACUUGGCGGUGAAUCGAUCAUUUUCAUCGCCUCUUUUGUGACUUUCGAUCUGUAUUAGCCUCGAGAGGACAUCGGAUUUGCUAUUCGCUAAUGUUCCUUGGUCCUUAAGCAUCGCGAUUCGUUCAACAACCAUCUUGUCGAUAAAGUUGUGAACCGUCUCAACCGCUUCCCUAAGCCCUUUCUCAUACCCUAUAUCGAAAAACUUCAUUGGUUUCCACACAAAAGGCGGAAUCAUGAACCGAAACAGAGUAGACUCUGUUGCUUCUUCAAACGCUUUGGCGAAUGGAACGUGAGGAAGAUCAUCAUCCAAAGUCCCCGGAUCAUCUCCAAGACCCGCGAUGCAGAUAUUAUCAAAUGUUAACCGUAAAAGAAUCUCUUGAAGAUCAAAAGCUUCUUGUGACUUGGAGAAACUCUCCAUCACUUUUAAAAGCUUCCUCUCUAUCAAAUCUCUCGUCGUCUGGAAAGAAUGAUCCACGAAGCGAGUGGAAUGCAUUUCUGUUAUGAUGAUCCGUCUCUGUUCUUUCCAAGAUUCAUCAUCCGCAUUGAAAAUACCAUCUUCGAGUAAGUCACGGAAUCUCUCUUUGUAAAACUCUCCUUUAGGAAAGUUCUUGAAAUUGGUUUUGAGCAUGUAUUCGAUGUUUGCAGGAACACUAGUCAUGGCUCCGUAAGAUCCACUAAACCAGAUUCCUUGGUAAGGAAACGUUCCUCGGCUUUUCGUCAAACAUCGGGUGACCCAUCCAAACAUAUCGUGAACAUGAAGGAAGAACUCGGGAGUUAUCCCAAACACAGGCCAUUGUACUGGUUCGCCUUUGUUGGUUAACUUCGCUUGCAAGCAACCGAAAAGGAAUAAACCUAACAACGCAAUUGAUACAUCUUGAAGACAGAGAUGACCAGAGAUGCGAUCUAUCAAUGACAUUACAGAAUUUUCAUUAGACAUAUUUUGUAUAAUUUAUUUCUCAG